CAUUUAGGUUAUUGUUUUAAUAAUGUAUACUGUGCGAAUGCAAUAAUAUAAAUAAUUUCUGUAUAAAAAUGUCGAUUCUUAGAAAUCUUAUUACAAAACUACAAACAUGUCCAUAUCAAGCUUUAACGUUUUGCACAAAAGCAGUUACAGAACAAAAUAGUCCAAUUAUUUCCAAAAUAAAGUAUGCAGAUGAACAUUUCUUUUACCAAAAACCACGAGAAGUGUGGCUAGAAAAUUUAGAUACCGUUGAAAGAAAAAAGAUAGGACUUGUAACUUUGCAUCCUGACGUUUAUGCAGUAUCUCCGCGGAUAGAUAUUAUUCAUCAAAAUGUUCGCUGGCAACGAAUGUAUAAGUUUGUGAGUUAUGCACAUACAAAGACUCGUGCAGAAGUAAGAGGUGGUGGCAGAAAACCUUGGCCACAAAAGGGAUUGGGACGUGCACGUCAUGGAAGUAUACGUUCCCCGCUAUGGAGAGGUGGUGGUGUUAUACAUGGUCCUAGAUCUCCUACAACUUAUUUCUACAUGCUUCCCUUUUAUACUCGUGUUUUUGGACUUACAUCUGCAUUGUCUGUCAAAUUGGCUCAAGAUGAUUUAUACAUCAUUAAGGAUAUGGAAAUACCAACAAAAGAAUCAUCAUACAUUGAACAAUUAAUAGAAGAAAGGCACUGGGGUCCUUCUCUACUACUUGUUGAUACUGAUGAUAUCAUGCCUCCAAACAUUACAGAAGCUACAGAUGAAUUGAAACAUGUCAAUUUGAUGCCUGUAUAUGGGUUGAAUGUCUACAGCAUGUUAAAACAUGAUACAUUAGUUCUGACUGAAAGAGCUGCACGUUUAAUUGAAGAAAAAAUAUUAUUUCAAUUGCACAGGCCAGAUGCUGUUAGAAAAAUAGAAAAGUUUAAACUUAAUCAGCAAUAA